GCUGGUCUGAUUGGCAUUGGUCUUCCUCCUGGAGCUGGUGGGGUUCCGGCUUGUGGGGAAAGGCACCUGGGGAUGAAGUCAAUCGAGACUAUUCAGCGCCUCCGACGUGGCAUGGGCUAGAGAAUUUGGAGCUGUACUUGGCAAGUCUCAAGUCCUGGGACGGGCGGACCGCAUUCAAGGCGGAGACCCGCGCCGGGCGAGUGAUCGAGACGUUCCCCAUCGAGCUUCAGGCGAGAUUCAAGAGUAUCAGGCACCCGACCGACGAGAGCGACGGCCUCAGUAAGGUCAUUGACCAUCUUAAGUUGCUCAACGGGGAGCGUCCAGGGGAUAAAGAGCGUGAGGCCCACAAUCAGGCACUAUUUGACUACUCGAUAAAGAAGGGAGAGUCCCUCACAGACUACGUGAUCAGGAGAGAUCAACAGAUUGCGGCCGCAGAACGGCUGGGACUGACACUUCCUGACACGGUGAAGGCCAGGUACUACGAGGAAGGAGCUAACUUGAACCCCCAGCUUCGACUCAACUUGAGGACCCUGAUGGCUGGCAAAAGGACCGUGGAGGCUGUUCGUUCUGCCCUACUGGAACUGGACAUCACUGAGAGGCAGACGCUCCCGAAGCCACAGGCUCCAGCUCAGGCCAGGAGCUUCGCGACCACGGUACCGGUCCUCGACGAGGCAGGGGAUUACGAGUGCGACGCAUGUGACGACAGCGAGUGUUUCGGCCUCUACGAAAUGGAGUUCGAUGAGCAGGAGCUCGCCACCAUCCUCGUUUCGCUGGACUCACAGGAUCUUGACGAGGAGCACAUCAUGGAGGUGUUUGCUGAGGUGACGCUCCCUCAGCGUCGUCGUACGUGGGCAGAGUCUAGGCAGCUCAAGACGAACAGAAAAGUGGACAGGGAUUUCUUUGACCGCAGCAAGGGAAAGGGAACGAAGAAGGUCACCAGAGACGAUUUUAAAAAGAGGUCCCGCUGUUCGAACUGCGGGGAAAAAGGGCAUUGGCGAGAAGACUGUCGACGACCAUAUCGGAGUAAGGCCGAUAGGCUGAAGUCCGAGUCAUCACGGCCGGCAGCGGUCAACAAGGGCCCGGACAAGAAGCCAGCGCAGAGCUCGUUCUACUUCAAUUUGGACUACGACGCGACCCACUCCGGGACGAGCUGGGCAGCGAUUUUGGAUGAGUCGGGCCAGGUGGGCUCGCUCUCCGCUGCCGCCGCGACUGCGGGUCAGGUGGACCAGCAGGAGCGCGACCUGGGUCAGGUGGAUCUGGAAAUGCUCGCGGCGGCGACGCUGCAGGACAUGGACGAGUACGCGCUGGUAGACACCGCUGCUGGACAGGCUCUGAUAGGCACGCCAGACAUCGACAAGUUGAGGGCUGCUUUCAAGAAAAAGGGUUUCGAGAUACACUUUGUCGACACCGACAGAGUUCCCACGGCGAACGGAGUCGGGCCGGGCCAAGUCACGUACCAGAUGCUUGACAGUGAGUUUUCCGCUUGCAGCGUUGUCGAGAGCAUCUGGGUCGACGGCAUCCCGAGCGAGACCCUGAGCUUCACGGGCCGCUGGAUCGGGUACACCGAGUUUCCGACCGAGCGCUCGAAUCAGGACUUAGGGGAAGGGCUGCAGCGGGGCACGUGCGGUAGGCACCAGGCGCUGAAGGCCCAGCGCGACGACUUCCAGCCCGACGAGGACCUGGAGGUCAUUCCCGAGAACACGGAGGAGGACCCCGACUCGGAGCUCGAGAUGAACUGGGACCAGACUCCAGAUCCUUGGAUAGACGGCAUGCUGAGCUCAAUCAACUACGAGGAGGAGAGCAUGACGGCGGUGGAGAAGGAGCUGUUCUUCGAGGGUGCCUUCCUGCUCAGCCCAGCUGCGCGCACCUGGAGGAGGUGGUCGAUCAAGAUGAUGCUGUACCUCAGGGUGUGUGCGAUUUCCCGUCUGUCGGCGAUCGUAGCCCCUCGCAUGUCCAAGGUGAAGAGCGAGGAGGAGGAAGCGAAAGCGAGCUGCUCCCAUCCGAUGGAGGCGAGGUGGUGCGGCGGAAACGGGUACGGGUACUACACGAAGUGCCGGAUCUGCGACACCCGGCUCAGCUUCGUGAGGAAAACGAAGGAGGGGAUCGAGGAGACCAAGCGCAAGGUGCUGGCCAAGCGCGAGUCCAAGACGAAGGUCGAGAAGGAGGAGUCGCCGGCGGAGAUCAAGGUCGAGCCUCCGCCGAGGUACAAGGCUCCGUCGAGGUACGUCGAGUUCUGCGACGGGGUGCCAGUCAAGCCGCCGCCGCCGACGGCGAGGAAGUCCCUGCCAGUCACGAAGCCGAGGGCGAUCAGCAGCGCGGCAGGCAGCGGCGGUGCGGCGAGCAGCAGCAGCGGCAACCUCAGCAACAUCGAGAAGGGCUUCGAGACGAUGCAGUGGAUGAUGGUGGAGGACCGCAAGGAGCGCCAGCAGCAGAUGGACCUGCUGAUCAGCGCGAUGAAGGGGCUCGGAGCUCUGCGCCCGGCGGCCGCGCCUCAGGAGGACGAGGAGAGCUAG